AGCAGACAGUGAACCGCAUACAUCUGCAACGGUGGUUUUAUCCCAGUACACAGGAAGGAAAGCUGUCACACAACAAAGCCAUUUUAAAAUACUUAAAGUACAUGAAACUGCAUUUCCUUGAUUGUGGGAUUUUAAAAUUCCUGCCUUUGAGAGGAACAAAGAGAAAUCCUUCCAUUGACAUUAAUCCCGACAGUAUGCUAAGACUUUGGAGGAUCCUUCUUUGCCAACUGACAGCAAGUAUAUCCUACCACAUUGGAAAAGCCAGCCUGUGUUUUGGAGGCUCUGACAUUAUAGCUGCAAUUAGAGAAAACAGUCCACAUGGAGUUUUUAUUGCAAACAUCACUAUAGCAGGAGAACCCAGGGCCAGCAGCAUUCGUCUGUGUAUAACUGGGGAAAAUUCUAAUUGGUUUUACUUGGAAGGAAGAACAAUAAGACUGAAUUCUUCUUCAACACGUAUCUUGGAUCAUGAGGUGCAGGGCUCUGUGUUAGCUGCUUCUUUGUCUUGCUAUGAAGACAACUCAAUUCAGACCACAUACAGAAUAAUGGUGGAGAUCCUUAAUGAAAAUGACAACAAACCUGAAUUUCUUCAGCAGACAAUUCAACCUGUUAAUAUCAGUGAGCUGACUCCAGUAAACACGAUUGUAUUUACAGUAAAGGCUAGAGAUCGAGAUGAAGAUACAAUUGCGUAUAUCAUUGACAGAUCAUAUCCUGAUGCCAUCUACUUUAGGAUUGACCUUCCAAACAGUGGCAGGGUUGUCUUGGCAAAGCCUUUGGACUAUGAAACGAAAACAAAUCUGGAAAUCGUCAUUUUUGCUGUGGAAAUGAAUACCGAAGAGAAGCAAAACACAUCGGCCCUUAUUAAAAUCAGAGUUCUGGAUGGAGAUGAUCAAUAUCCACAGUUUCUACCCUGUGCCCUCUUGUCACAUGACCAGACCAGAGUCAUCUGUGCAAAUCCAAUUUACACGGUGAAUGUUACAGAAAAGACACAAACUGGCGUUUUACAUUUUUCCCCUGGUCCAAUUCAUGCAGUGGAUGGUGAUAAAGGCAUAAUGGAUUCAGUAAUAUAUACAAUUCUGUCAGGUGCAGACAAUGGCCGAUUCAGAAUAAACAAUAAGACUGGAGACAUUAUAAUGACAAAACCAGUAGAAAAUCGUUUACUGACUCCCAACUUUCGACUUCGAGUUAUGGCUUCUCAAGUAAAUGAUCCAAACAAAUAUGCGGUGGCCACUGCUCUAAUCAGAGUGCUAGCUGUAAAUCACUAUGCACCCCAUUUUAACUUAUCCACAUAUAAGGGAUUUAUAAAUGAAAACCCGAGCAGUGCAGCAUUUGUGUCUACUUAUGGAAGUGUGGUUCUGCUAGUACAAGCACUUGACUUGGAUUUUAGAGAUGGUCUAAAUCCCAAGAUACAGUACUCCCUAAAACCAAAAUUCAACAACUCCAGGCUUUAUCAAGUCACUCAAGAAGGUCUUAUAAUAGCCAAAGCCAAUCAGCUACGAGCUAAUGAGAAACAUUAUUUAGAGGUUUAUGCUGUAGAUCAAGAAUCAGGGGAAAUGGCAAAGACUACGGUUGAAAUUAAUGUUCUGCAUAUAGGACAAAAAGUUCCUGCAGAUCCAUACAGAGCUGACCAUUUCUACAACCUAAUAGACGUGGGUAUUCUGGGAGGAAGUCUGGGAGCAGGGCUGCUUCUUCUUGGUAUUGCUAUGUUUGCUGUUGUGCGCACGUUGAGAAAAAGGCGGCAGUAUCAGAAUGCCACUGACAGGGCCUCUGUGGCUGUGGAAAAGCAUCCAAAUGUGAGCUUAAGAUGGUUUCAGCUGGUUAACCCUGGAAGAUCUCUACCGCUUGUUGAGGAGAUCUCUUACCAAAAUGAAGGAUACAGUAACUUAGGUGAAGAAGACGUUAUUUCAAAUAUUAGCGACAAACCAGGGGUCGUCACUAACAAUAAUGAGAAAACAGGCAUGCCAUCAUAUAACAUGGAGAAAGCUGCAAUAGAAAAUGACUAUGAAAAAAUUGUUUUGCGUAAAGUGCAAGAGGUGCCUUCCCAAGAUUGUGAAAAUGCAUCACUACCUAUACAAUUCAAUGAAAAAACUGCAGAAAAAUCAAGUUACAAAUCUGUGUGGUUUGAGGACGAAGUAAUACCUGAAACAGGAAAUAUCACCGAAAAGACAAAGAUCAUUGAAGGCAGUUCAGAGCAAGGAAAUAUAAAUGACAGCAUGACUGGUGAACUGUUAGAUGGUCAGAAAUACAUCACUUCUCCAUUACCUUGUGAUCCAAGUAAUAAAGAAGCUUCCGUAAACAUGAGUGUGAAAGAAACAAAUGAUAAAUUAGAAAUAAAGGAGCCAAACUGUGUGAUGGGCCACUUUGUAGAAGGCGAAGAAGACGAUGAUGAGGAGUCACAAAACCCCUAUGAAAGCAUAUAUGCAGAAAUCAGUGAUACAGACAGUGAAGAUGUUGCUAUAAUCAGAGAGCCGGAUACUGACCAAAAUGAUAUCAGUGAAUCACAGUAUUCACAGCCAUCACAAACUAACAGAAGCUCAGAAAUGAGUAAUAAUGGUGGCUCCAUGGUGGAGGGCCAGACGUCGGUCACCAUUCAGCCACCAGCAUCUACAGUUGAGCUUCAGACAAGAGACAAAGAGAAAGAGACGCUGGACUCUCAUUUGCAGCCUCAAAUGGGAUUGCUUUUUUAUGUUGAAGAUUCAAUGGAGUUUUAACGGCUACUGUUUAAGUCUAAUGACAAAAGGCCAAAAGAAUAUAUGCAAUACACUGUAUAACACAUAUAUAAACAUACAUUAUAAAUUUAUGAGUUAGUUUGAUAAAUUUAUUGUAAAAAUCAAUUAGCUGGUGAUUAAUUUCAUUAAACAAAAUAGUUACUUUUAGUAACCUCUAAUCAGUUUUUCACUGUUAUUAAUGAAGUG